CUGGAACACGCUUGUCCGUUUGACGUUUCAACUUCUAAGUUUUGUGUUCGGUUUAUAGUUAUUCUUGGUGUUAUUGUAGAUAGUUUUAAAGGUGAUUCAUUAUAAAGAAAAUGUCGCCACCGACUGAAUUAAGUUUUGAGGAAAUACUUAAGUUUAUGUUGUUGCAUAAUGGCAGAGUAACUAACCAUGAGUUAGUUAAACAUUUUAAAGUUUUUCUUAUGAAUCCUGAUAUGAGAGAUGAAGCCAGAAGUACUUUUAAGAAACACGUAAAUUCUUUAGCCAUAAUAAAAAAUCAAAACAAUGAAAAGUGGCUUAUACUAAAGAAAAAAUAUAUGCCAAAUAAUGGCAAAGAUAAUGAAGAUGUCACAGAAAAGGCAGCUGAUACUACUAACACUUCAGUGACAGAAACACCCACAGAAGCAGAGAUGCCCGAGGCUGAACAACCACCAGAACGUCCACCACUACCAUUACAACUCAACCAAGAUUUUAAUAUUAUAUCAAGCCUUAUUCAAGAUAACGUCCAUAAUGUUAAUAAUUCGGAAGCCAUAUCUGACAGUCAAUCCCAAGAAAGCUUGACAUCAAUCCCUAGUGAAGACAUACCACCUAAAGUACAUCCCCGUAGACGGUCAUCAGAAAAAAGUAUUGAAAAGCGAUCUAGUGUACAAGGAAUGCAGGGACAUAGGUCUUCCAUACCAAAUCAAGAUGUCUUUACACCUGAUAUUACAGCAUCACCGACAUUAACUUCAUCCAGGAGUGAAAGCAUGUUAGUAGAUAGCGAACAGACAAUCUCAGUGAAGGAAAGAAAACAAAUGUUUAACAGAAUGGCUUCAGAGAGUGAUGUACUUAAGACUAAUAAACUGGGUGGAAACUUAAGCUCACAGGGUUUGGACGAGGAAGAUAGAGUUUCUUUAGAUCAAAAGAGCGAGGUUGACCCAUUAGACUCGAAGCAAAAGCAAUGGAUUUUAUGUGCUGCAAGAGGUGACUAUCAUGCCCUGGCAAAGAUGUGUAAGGAAAAUGCAAAACUCGUUAAGACCAAGGAUCCUUUUACGGUAAACUGCAAUGCACUGGGCUUGUAAGCGUGGUGAUGAAAAUUUAGUGAAAUUACUUGGAGGGGUGACUCGGCAAGUAGUCAAUGAACGAUCGAUUUCAGGGAUACACACCUCUGCACAUCGCCAUGCAGUUUCGCCACGAGAACGUGUACCGUCUCUUAGUAGAAGUAUAUGAUGCAGACCCAAAUGUUCGUGACUGGUCGGGCAGGAAACCGAGACAGUAUCUUGUCCACAUGGACACAUCACUGUCCCCGGGAUCAUACAGAAGUAUGCUGAUCACCAAAUCAUAUCUUCUUAAAUCUUAUUAAUACUUAUAAAUUAUAUAUUGUAUUCCUUUAAUAAUUUAGUAACUCUUCUUUUCUUUUUGUUAAAAAUCUAUACAUAGGUGCUUAUUAUCUACUAGUUCAUACAAAUUAGAGGAAGGUCGCAGAAGCGACAAGAAUAUGUUUUACCGAGUAAUUAUAUAUAACAAUUUGAAAACAAUUAAAUAAACGAACUAAUUAUUAUCAUAUAAUACAUUUACACCACGGAAGACAAGAAAAAAAUUCUAUAAGAGUCAUAAAGAACUUCUGGUUCUUCUAGCUGUGCCUAUUCAAACUUUUUAGAAGCGAUAAAUCCAAUUUCACUUCACUUAAUAAUAUACAUGUCAAUACUUUGUCAAUAGGAACAUAUAGCUAUAAAACGGUCCGAAUAUAGCGAUGGCCUUCCAGGGUAUCAUUUUAUCAGUAUACUUUUACCCAUUCGCGUAAUGAUUUAAAAGACGUCGUUCAUAGAAGGAUCGUUAAUGAUACUUUAAAAAAUAAACUUAAUCCAAAGGGCAGAGUUAAGACAGGUUUAUUCAUUUUCAUCGAUAUCUUCCUAUUUUUUGCAACCUUCCUCUAAAUCAUUUUAAAUAUUGUAAUAUAAUAAAAGUAUUUUUAGAUUUAGUCUUAAACAAAAGCUUUAGAAUAGGGUAGCAUUUUGUUAUUCUUUAAUAAACAGCAAAUAGAGGGGCGACGAACGACGGUGUCUAUACAGGAAAUGUUUUACAGAGGCCGAUUCAUAUGACUUACGUCGGACAGUUACUUCUCCUCCGGUCAUAAGAGUUA